AUGGGGCCACAGAUCCCCAGAGCUCGAUGUAAUGACUAUUGUCCUCCUGGAACCAGGAGAGCCCCCAAUGGAGGAUAUCAUGCCUGCUGCUAUGACUGUAUUCCAUGUAAUAAUGGGGAAUUUUCCAAUGUAACAGAAAGCGAUAAUUGCCAGAAAUGUCCAGAUAAUGAAUGGGCUGACCAAAGAAAAGUAACCUGUAUUCCCAAAAUGUAUGAUUUCUUAUCAUAUGAAAAGGAAAUUAUGGGUCCACUUUUUGCUUCCAUAUCUUCAUUAUGUUCAUUUGUUACAAUCGUUGUAUUGAGAAUCUUUUUUGUAUUCCGUAAUACCCCUAUUGUGAAAGCUAAUAACAGGAGCCUUAGCUUCAUCCUCCUGGUCUCCAUCAUACUAAGCUUCCUCUGUGUGUUUUUGUUCCUCGGUAAUCCUGUGGAUAUAACCUGCAUGCUGCGCCAGACCUGUUUAGGAGUUAUCUUCUCAGUAGCUGUGUCUUCUAUACUCGGAAAGACAAUCAUGGUUUGCAUUGCUUUCAAAGCCACAAAACCGGGAAGCUCCUGGAGAAAGUGGGUUGGAGUUAAAGUAUCAAGUUAUGUAGUCCUGAUGUGCACCUCUGUCCAAGUUCUGAUUAAUGUUAGUUGGUUGUCUAUUUCUCCCCCUUUCCAGGAGUUUGACAUGCACUCUUACCCUGGGAUUAUCAUCAUUCAAUGUAAUGAAGGAUCAGGUCUUGCUUUCUAUUGUGUGUUGGGUUACAUGGGAAUAAUGGCCUCUAUGAGUUUUGUUCUGGCUUUCAUGGUGAGGACAUUACCAGACAGUUUUAAUGAAGCCAAAUACAUCACCUUCAGCAUGCUGGUGUUCUGCAGUGUUUGGAUUGCAAUGAUCCCGGCCUAUCUGAGCACCAAAGGGAAAUACAUGGUGGCUGUAGAAAUCUUUGCCAUAUUGGCUUCCAGCGCUGGGAUACUGAGCUGUAUAUAUUUCCCCAAAUGUUACAUUUUGCUAAGAAAACCAGAGAAUAAUACUAGAAAGCACAUAUUAGACAAACAUAAUUCCUAA